CGCAGUGGGCACGGUAACACUGCCAUCUGUUGCGGCCUGUCCCGCCCCGUAUCCGGUCAUUUUCAAAAUGGCCGGCAACAGCAGCUACCUCACGACCGUCGACGAGUGGGCGCCGGUCGCCGCGUCCAUCGCUGCCGCCAAAACGCCCGUGCUCGUGCUCUUUGGCGCAUCGUGGUGCGCAGUCAAGACCAAGAAGGUCGUGGCGGCCAACGAAGCGCUCCUCGCCGGCCGCAGCGACAUCGCAGCGUAUUAUGCCAACGUCGACGGCAUGGACGACGACGACGUCAUGGACCUUGGCGUCGGCGAGCUCCCGUACUUGCAGGUGUACGCCAACGGCGAGCUGCUCGAUGGUUUCAAGGCGGCCGACGACGAUGCGACGUCCAAAAAGGUGGUGCGCCACGUGGGCUGGAACGGCGCCGUGAGCGUCACCGACCCGGCGGACACGCUGCCUGCCGUCGACUAUGACGCGCUGCACGCCAUCGUCGACAAGUACACCAAGGGCGAGUCCGACUUUAUCGCCAACACGGCCAACGUCGCCGCCGCGAUCUGGCAUGCGUUUUACGCUGUCGGGCGCCCGAUCAACUGGUCGGGUUUCUACUUUAACCGACCGACGAGUGCGUCGCCGAGUGCGUCGCCGACAGACCUCGACGCGCGGCUGCUCGUGCUCGGACCGUUCCAGGGCAAGCCUGCGUGUAAGCGCAUCAAGUUUCACAGCGGCGUGUGUGGCGCGGCUGCCUCGACCCGCGUGAUCCAGCGCAUUCCGGAUGUGCACCUCUUCCCGGGCCACAUUGCGUGUGAUGACGCGUCGCAGUCGGAGAUUGUGCUGCCGAUCGUGCACAACGGAGUCGUCCUCGGUGUCCUCGACUUGGACUGUCCGCACAAGAACGGGUUCCAGCGAGCGGACGCCGACGGCCUCGGGCGUAUCCUCGACCUCUUCGUGCCCCGGACCGAGUGGGUGUCGUUGACGUUGCCCAUCACUGUGUAGUAGUACUAACAUAAAAGCUGCGUUUGUCCUCUGGGAUGCACAGUGCGGUGGGGUGUGGUGCUCUACGCGCGAGCAUGGAGGCUUGUGAAGCCGAGGCUUAUUGUUCAAACAGGCGUGAGGAAGGUCGUCCUCAUGCAUUUGCUAAAAUGAUGUAGCGUGUUCACAGGUCAAGCCUAAUCAGUAGAUAUAUAAACGUGUUUCGCGUUAUCUU